CAUUGAUCAGAAGUGUAGCCGAGAAACUUGCUAGGUAGUUAGCACGGGUUUUACUCUAAUAUGGCUGCGUAUACAAACGUCAAAUCAACUAAACUCGUGUUGAAAGGUCUGAAGGAUAAAAGCAAAAAGAAGAAGAACAAGGACAAGAAAAGAAAACGCGAUAAUGAGGAGGACAAACCCGAUGUGGUCGGCGGCUGGUGGACGGUGCGUAAUUUAGGUGAGAUCAGCGGCACGGUGGCGAUUGAGAUGCACAGCAGGUCGUACGUGCACGCGCUGGACACGGGCCUGUUCACCGUCGGAGCUCCACAUACAGGAGAUGAUGAAGGUCCUGAUCCACCGGAACAGUUCACCGCCAUCAAACUCUCAGACUCGCGAAUCGCUCUGAAGUCUGGUUACGGUAAAUAUUUGGGGAUAAACUCGGACGGCGUCGUGAUCGGACGCUCGGACGCUAUCGGCUCGAGGGAGCAGUGGGAGCCGGUGUUCCAGGACGGUAAAAUGGCUCUGCUGGCAGCAAACAGCUGUUUUAUUUCAUACAGCGAGAGCGGAGACAUCGUGGCCAAAAACAAAACGGCCAGUGACGAGGAGAUGAUCAAGAUUCGCUCGUGUGCAGAGAGAGAGGUGAAGAAGGACGACGACAUCGCAGACGAGGACCGAGGAAACGUCAAGAGCUGCGAGGUCAACUACGUGAAGAAGUUUCAGAGCUUCCAGGACAGGAAGUUGCGGGUGAACGAGGAGGACAGCGGCACGCUGAAGAAAUCCAGGACUGAAGGCAAAUUCCACGAGGCUUUACUCGACAGGAGAGCCAAGAUGAAAGCUGAUCGAUACUGCAAGUGACGGGACGACCGUCUCCAUCAUUCUUUACUUUUGCUUUUAUAAUGUGUAUAUUUUUCUUCUAUUCUGGCCGCUGUGGUGAUGAUGAAGAUGAAGAUGAUGAUGAUGUUGUUGUAUAUUAAACAUUUUAACUGACCAGA